AUGAGCAGGCACCACGCAGAAUUCUUAAAAGAGAAGCCCAUCAGAGGAAGAGAGAUGAAGACAAAAGCAGUCCCUGCAGAUAUGUUUGAUACAAUGAAACUUGUGUCUGCAAAAAAGGCGCUGGGAGACGAAAGUUUGUCUCCUGAACUAGAAAAACCAAAAGACGACAAGGUUCACCUAUACCACGAGGGCUACGUGGAUGGUAAGUUGUUCUUAGUUCCAGACGAAAAUCUUGAAACAAUGAAAAACGACGUUCAUACACAACUAAAAACUAAAGGGAUAAAGGGUUUGAUUGGAGAAGACUCUGAUUCCUACGAUGUGACCAAUUACGACAGGGCACAUAGAAAAAUGGGUAAUUUCAUAGACAGAGUAGAUAGUAUAAGUGACUCAGACGAUGAAAAACGUAAGGAUAGUGAAGAAAAAAGAAAAUCAGAGAAGUACGAGAAAACGAAAAAAACAGAAGAAGAAAGUGAUAAGGACUACAAAGAGAAGGAAAAGGCUCAGGAAGAGGAGGAAGAUAAAGGAGAAGACGAGGAAGAGAAAUGUAAAGACUCUGAUUCCUACGAUGUGACUAAUUACGACAGGGCACAUAGAGAAAUGAGUAAUUUGAUAGACAGAGUAGAUAAUAUAAGUUCUGACUCAGACGAUGAAAAACGUAAGGUUAGUGAAGAAAAAAGAAAAUCAGAGGUGAACGAGAAAACGAAAAAAACAGAAGAAGAAAGUGAUAAGGACUACGAAGAGAAGGAAAAGGCUCAGGAAGAGGAGGAAGAUAAAGGAGAAGACGAGGAAGAGAAAUGUAAAGACUCUGAUUCCUACGAUGUGACUAAUUACGACAGGGCACAUAGAGAAAUGAGUAAUUUGAUAGACAGAGUAGAUAAUAUAAGUUCUGACUCAGACGAUGAAAAACGUAAGGUUAGUGAAGAAAAAAGAAAAUCAGAGGUGAACGAGAAAACGAAAAAAACAGAAGAAGAAAGUGAUAAGGACUACGAAGAGAAGGAAAAGGCUCAGGAAGAGGAGGAAGAUAAAGGAGAAGACGAGGAAGAGAAAUUUAAAGACGAGGAAGAAGGAGGAGAACGGAAUGAAGUAAAAGGCGAAGAGGACGAAGAAAAAUGUGAAGAGGACGAAGAAAAAGGUAAAGAGGACAAAGAUAAAGGAGAAGACGGGGAAGAGAAAUGUAAAGACGAGAAAGAAGGAGGAGAACAGGAUGAAGUAAAAGGUGAAGAGGACGAAGAAAAAGGUGAAGAGGAUGAUGAAAACGGCGAAGAGGAGGAAGGAAGGGUUAAAGAAGAGGAGGAGGAAAAGGAAGAGAUUGGAGAUGAAGAAAAAUGCAAAGAAGAAAAUAUAGUAGAAGAAGACAAUAUAAUCAAAGAAGAACAAGGAAAAUAUGGAAAAUAUGACGGGGUGUUAGACAACAGAUCGGAAGAAAAUGUCGAAGAUAAAGAUGUGGAUGGUGGAGGAGUAAAGCCCUUGGCACAAGCAUUACGAGAUCCAACCCGUUUGCGUCUUCUCAUAUCAGGCCACUUUAGAAAGGACCAAAAACCAAUUUAUAUAGUCCAAGAAUACCGAGAGGAAUUAGAACUAUUUAAAGAUCAAAAAGCCGAUUUCAAAUCACACCGAAAACUGUGUGAGGAUGGAAUAGACGCUUUCGUAUCAGGGAGAUUCUAUGAUGAAACUAUUCUAGAAGAGGCGGAAGGAAACCCAGUAGCACUAAAUAUUAAACAUCAGAAAAUAAUGAUUGAUGGAGAAAUAGCUAAUGUGUAUGAUGAUUACUUUGAACAAGUCUAUAACUUAGAGUCGACCGACGUUUUGCUUUCAGGGGAGUUUUUGAAAAGUGAAAUCACCAAAAGGAUUACUCCGUUCUUAUCUCUUGCAGUCAGGAAAGGAGAGAAAAAUGAGGAAAAUGACAUUCGAAACGAUGAAACAAGUGGUUCAGAAACCAAUAUUUUCACUUGCCACCUCAAACCUACAGUACCAUUUCCCACUACGAAUUCUUAA